GUGGAUAAGCACCUGCUCCAGAGUGACUUGGUGAUUUUCAGUUUCCUCCUAUCUUCCUCAAUCAGUCAGUUGAGGUUAAAUUAUCAACCAAAUCAAAUGUUGGUAUUUGUUGCGUUCUAAAAUUGAAUAGAAUAAACGGUAGGAGUUCUUGUGAUUAUUAGUUAGUGCGACUUUUAAAAUGUCAGAAACUAAGACCUUUACUUUAGAAGAGAUUGCCGAGCACCAAGAUAAAAAAUCGGUGUGGAUUUUAAUUCAUGGAAAUGUGUAUGAUGUGACGAAAUUCCUUGAAGAGCAUCCUGGUGGGGAAGAGGUUCUUCUAGAUCAAGCAGGUAAAAAUGCAACAGAAGCCUUUGAAGAUAUUGGCCAUUCUACAGACGCAAGGGAGUUAAUGAAACAGUACCGCAUUGGAGAACUAUGCGAAGAAGACAAGAAAAAGAUUGUUGAAAUUGAGGAAAAAAAUCAUUGGCCUAUCAAUGCAAAUGAUGAUAGUUCCUGGAAAAACUGGCUUAUUCCCAUCACUGUAGCUGUUCUGGCAUCUCUUCUGUAUCGUUUCUACAUGAAUUAUAAUGUAUGAUUCAUAGCAAAGAGCACAAAAUUGUACAGGGUUAUUUAAAAUCGAUCACUUUGUGACAAUGCCAACUACCUGGGGUAUUUUUUAAAGCGAAUUCUGUAUUUGAUUUUCACUGCUGGAGAUUCUGUAAAGUUCUUUUCAUUUGGGAGAUUAUAAUUACUUAUUUCUUUUUUUAAAAAAAAACUUUCUUCCUUUUUGUUGUAUAAAUAUACUACUCAAAAUUCCUUUCUCAUUAAUUGUUUGUCUGAAAAGUAUGUUUGACCCUUCAUACUGUUUACUUGUUUAUUUUGUAUAUCAUAUUUGAUAUCUUAUAUAAUUAGACAUAAUAGAUUUAUUGUUUAGUCUGGUUAUGUUAAUAUUUCAAAGUUUGUAUAAAACUUUUUUUACAUGUUUCUUUAAGGAGGGAACAAUUUAUGGCUGUUAAUCACAUCCUAUUUUAAUAAAUGGCUACAUAAGUGUGAUUUUCAUAGUAUAUUCUUGAUAUUGCGACAAUUAUCUAAUGAAAUCCGUUUAUAUCAUGUUUGCAGCUGAAAAGUUGUUCAUUUUAAAUGCUUCUUAAAAAUUUCGUUUAUCUUGUCUAAUGAAUCUUUUAUAAAUUUUAUUUGCCUGCUGGUAUUAGUUUUUAUUAAAAUGUUUAAAUUCUGUAUAAUGUGUCCUGUGGCUUUUAUUUUUUACACUUAUGGUAAUGCUAUGAUUUUCACAUUUCAAGAAUGCAUUGGAAGCCUUACUUUGCAAUUAUUUUGUCUUUUUGGUUUUCAUAAAGUAAAUGAUAUUCCACUUGU